UAUUUGGUUGAAAUGAAUAAUAAAAUUAAAAAAAAAAAUAAUAAUAAAUAUGUGGGAGAGAAAGACAAAGGGUCUCGCUUCACUUAACUAGAGAGGAGUACUAGCUAGUUAACACAUCCAGCGCCUCCAAAGUAAAGUAGGCUGAGAAAUUCUCUGCCCCUUUUCUUUCUCUUCCCUCUCCCAAUGGAUUCGCUCUCUCUCUUCUGUACCGGAGCACUUCUCGCCGGCGGCCUCUACUGGUUCGUCUGCAUUUUGGGCCCCGCCGAGCAGAAGGGCAAGCGCGCCACCGAUCUGUCCGGCGGCUCCAUAUCCGCCGAGAAAGUCCAAGACAACUACAAGCAAUACUGGUCCUUCUUCCGCCGCCCAAAGGAAAUCGAAACCGCCGAGAAGGUUCCAGACUUCGUCGACACAUUCUACAACCUCGUAACUGACAUCUACGAGUGGGGUUGGGGUCAGUCCUUCCAUUUCUCCCCUUCAAUACCCGGCAAGUCCCACCGUGACGCCACGCGCCUCCACGAGGAGAUGGCCGUCGAUCUCAUCCAGGCGAAGCCUGGUCACAGAAUACUGGACGUCGGGUGCGGAGUAGGUGGGCCCAUGCGUGCCAUCGCAGCCCACUCGAGAGCCAACGUGGUGGGCAUCACCAUCAACGAGUACCAGGUGAACCGGGCCAGGAUCCAUAACAAGAAGGCCGGGCUGGACUCUCUCUGCGAAGUUGUGUGCGGCAAUUUCUUGGAGAUGCCGUUCCCUGAUAACAGCUUUGACGGCGCGUACUCCAUAGAAGCCACUUGUCACGCACCCAAGCUCGAAGAUGUGUACGCUCAAAUUUUUAGGGUUUUGAAACCUGGCGCACUCUACGUUUCUUAUGAGUGGGUUACGACGGACAAGUAUAGAGGUGAAAACCCUGAACACGUGGAGAUCAUUCAGGGAAUCGAGAGAGGUGACGCUUUGCCUGGGCUUAGGAGCUACGCUGAUAUUGCUGAGACGGCUAGGAAGGUAGGGUUUGAGGUGGUUAAGGAGCAGGAUCUGGCUAAACCGCCGGCUCAGCCGUGGUGGAGCCGGCUCAAGAUGGGUCGGAUCGCUUACUGGAGGAACCACAUUGUGGUCACUGUUCUGGCGGCGCUGGGGAUUGCCCCCAAGGGUACCGUGGAUGUUCACGAGAUGCUAUUCAAGACCGCUGACUAUUUGACCAGAGGUGGUGACACUGGGAUUUUCUCACCGAUGCACAUGGUCCUCUGCAGAAAACCAAAAUCCCCUCCUACUACUACAACAUCAUCUUAGUCAUCAUCAUUUUCAGCUGACGUGCCACACAUGUAACGACAUCUGGCCAGCACUUGCUUUGGAUCUGCCAAUCCUUGCUCUCAUCGUGUUCCCGUGACGACGCCACCUAGGCGUGUGUUAAGUAAAAGCGUAUCACAUUUAACACCCUUUCUUCUUUGGUUCUUUUCCGAGUAAAUACCAAUUCGGUCCCUGUCAAUUUCUCAAAAUGACAAGACGAUUCUUAACAAAAAAUAUGUUCUAUUA